CGCGCGCAAGGCAGGCAGCAGGGUGCAACAUGGAUGUCACGACACAACUCGCAGUUCUGUUCCGCGCGACGCAACACACACAGCACAGCGCCCGCCACUUGCCGUAAUUAGUCCUCAUUAGCAGGAGACCGGUUUACAAGCAACAAAUCACUGGAUCUAGAUUUUAAAAAGUUUCAAAAACAAAUUAUUCAGAACAGAAAUAACAAUUCUUCAAGACACCCUCGAAUACCUCAUCAUAUUAAUUCAAGAAAACUCGUAGUUCCUCCUUGUCAUUUUGCUCAAGGCACGCAAACAAACACCUCGUGACUUAACGCCAUAAUCAGAACCUCUAACACCAUUUCAAGCAAGUCCAUUCACUACAACUAACAAAUAAAAUGCUAAACGCGACGUUCCUGUAAACACAGUUUAGACAUGUGGCCGCAAGUUCCGUGAACCUGCCACCACACCAGGCCACUCUUACCUACGGCCCAUCAUGUGACGUCAGACUGGAAUCACCGCAUUCUCACCUCUACGAAGAGUUGCAAGUCGCAUUUUCUGGCCGCAGACAAACUCAACCGGCAAGCUGGCUGCAGGGACCUACAGAACUUCGGCUACCCUGGGCAUCGCCGCCUUCAUCAUCUGUUGUUCUUCGUGGAUAAGGCCUACAGGGUCGGCGGUGGCUAUGAUCGGAGCGAAUCUUCGCUUCGGUAGCGGCUCCACAGCGAACUCAACGCUGAACGGGAGCCGUGCGUUCCAGUGUCACCCCGGGGGAACCACGGAAGCAACCGUCAUCUUCAGCCUUGGGGCGCUGGGCAUAGCGGCGAACAUUGCACUCAUGGGCCUCAUCCUGACCAAGCGGCAACUCAGAAGGUGGUCACAAGGACUUCUGUUCCACCAAGCGCUGGUGGACUGUGCGCGGGCCGCCAUAUUGAUACCACUGGGGAUCAGCAUCUUUAGAUGCCAGCCCGUGAACAAGUGUUCUCUAGUGGAAACGGCGUUCCUGCUGCUGGUGACGGUGUCCACCGUCAACAUGCUGACCACGGUGCUCAAUGACUCCCCCGUGUUCCCGGAAGACGACGAGGACGAGACAGACCUGACGGCGCCCCUGCUCAUGGACUCCCCGCAAUGCGUCCUGUUCGGCACGUUCAUGAUCUGGUUCGCCAGCAUCACCAUCAACCUCGGACCAACUUUCCUGAGCGGAGCCCUGGCGGCUAACUCCGAGACAGGACACAACGCCCCGAGCUGCCCGCUCGUGCACGGCCCCUUCCGACACUACGUGCUCAACGUUCUCUGGAUUCUCAUCAACGUGAUCUGCGUUGUGCUCACCCUGUUCCACCUGCACAAGCUGCACAGGGACCUCACGAAAGCGAAUGUUGAGGCUGUCAGGGUUGCAGGACUCGUCACCACGCUCGUCAGUGUGACAGGUGGCUCCACAGCCCCGCUCGGCGGGGGCAACGGCGCGGUACCACGGCCAGACGCAGCCUGUGGAGGUGGAGCCGUACAAGAACACCGGCGCAUGCGCAACUACUUGCGUCGAAUGGAACGCGAAGGUGUCCAGAGGGUGAAGAUGUUCCUGGUCAUCACAGCAGCGUACGUUCUGUUCUGGGGACCGCUCUUCUUUGUCACCCUGGUCCAUCACCCGGCCCUCGGAAACCAGCUGGGGUACGAGAUCACGCUCCACGUGGCCUACGUACACGCGUUCGUGAACCCGACGCUGUUCCUGGUGCUGCACCGCGGCCUGCGGCAGGCGGCUCUCGACCUGUGCUGCGGCUGCUGUUCCCAGUGGGGCUCGUGGCUGCUUGCCGGCACGGCCGUUGCUGGGUAUCGACAGGCGGCGCCUACACUGCUGCCGCCCCCACCACAACCCCCGGCGACGUCACUCGGCGAUAUCUCCUUACUAAAGCCGCCACUGCCCCCUAACAACAAACCUCAACUGGGAAACGAAAAUAUGUUUGGCAAUGACCCCUGGGGUCAGUCCGUCAACACCCACCAGCACGUUCACAUCCUUCCGGACGACGACGACGAGGACAUGACAGCAUCUCCAGUGCUGCCACUCAACGGAGGCGGCAGCUUAAUGCGUUACUCGCCAACUGCUUGCAGCGAAGUUGGCUCCCCGCUUGAUUCACCUCGGUGCCCCAGCAGCAGCGACUGACCGCGAGUGGGGGACCCACGUCAGUAACACAGCGCGUGGGUUACACUCCCCCCUUCCGCACACACCUACACCAAUCAAUUACCUACCUACAUCACACUGGAAGAAUUCUGGAAUAUAACAAAGUGUAGUCGGCUGAAAGCCAGACGACGUUUCGGAGGAAGAAUGCCGAAACGUCGGUUCUUUCAACUGACUACGCGGCGUUAUAUCCCAUAAGAUGGAACUCUUCUUCAUACCAACCGCUGUGAAAACCUCAAAUCCUACAUACAUCACGCUGGUCCGUCAAAUGCAAUGGGAACAGCAGAAUGGAAGCCAUCUUCCCCCGUGCUCUUUGUGUUAUGAAGCCCGUCCAAGAAAAGAGCCCACACAGGAACGGCCACGUCUGUCCGGACGUCCGCAUGUUUCAACUCUAGAAACGCUGGCUCCAUUUCGAAGAAUUUUGAUAUGAACCUCAUGCCACUGGAAACCAUCCCAUCAAAUUCAUACAAACGGUAUGGACGUCCAUAUAGAUUUCCUGCAACUGGCAACAGCAACAGAGCAGCAGAAUGGCGAACUUGCAAGCUGGGGGCGACAGCAGCACAACUACAGAACAGCGGUAAUUAUGACAACCAACAGUAAUUACUGCUGAUGAGGACUUUCACGAUGGAUAACACCAACAUUACCCGUGGCAGUCACAGGAAGAUAUCAACAAUGGGACACGUGGUAAAGAUGGCAACCAGAGGACUGUGCUCUGUGACAUGUACGUACACUCGAAAGUAAAUUCAGAAUCACACAUCUUCGGACAACACUGGCCUAAUAUCGCGCAUCUCCAAACUCUAACAUAGGCCUAAUAUCACAUACCUUAAAAUGUUUAACCUAGUUGUAACACAUCCCCCUUCAAAUGAAUCUAACACCACUUAGUUUCGAAUGUUAACACACACCCAAUAUCACACAUCUUCAAUGUUAACCUAGGCCUAACAUCACAUACCUUCAAAUAUUAUUAACAUAGGAAUAACAGCGCACGCUUUCGAACGUCAGUAUAGGCCUAACAUAGGCCUAACUUGCAAAUGUCAACAUAGGCCUAACAUCGUUCACUUGCAAAUGUCAACAUAGGCCUAACAUCGAUCACUUGCAAAUGUCAACAUGGGCCUAACUUGCAAAUGUCAACAUGGGCCUAACUUGCAAAUAUCAACACAGGCCUAACAUCGCUCACUUGCAAAUGUCAACAUAGGCCUAACUUGCAAAUGUCAACAUAGGCCUAACAUCGCUCACUUGCAAAUGUCAACAUGGGCCUAACUUGCAAAUAUCAACAUGGGCCUAACUUGCAAAUAUCAACACAGGCCUAAUAUCGCUCACUUGCAAAUGUCAACAUGGGCCUAACCUCGCUCACUUUCAAACGAUAUGUAAGUUGCACUAUUAGCGGUACCAGUAGCAUACAUUCAGUUAUGAAGGACGUGUCACGUGCAGUCACGGCCCCUACGGCGCUCACGGCGGUCCGUACCGCUGUGUAUACUGACUCACUGGCGUUAUGACUGCUGAGAAUCCAAUGGAUUCUCUCUUAAUUUGUUAUCCUUCAAAGAGUAAAUACAGUGCAGUCAUUAACAUCGGUGUUUUGAAUCCCAACACAAACGUGAGACAGCAAUAGCGCCGCAUAAUAUCCCAGCUAUUUAGCGCAUGCGCAGAUCCAGUACAGUAAACCCUCGCUAAUACGGAUGUCGGAUAAUCCGGAUCGAAAUAUGGAAAAUGAGAAAUGCUGUUCAUAGUUGAGAAUAUUCUUUUUAAAAGACACGUGCUUGCAUUUAGGAAGGCAGAUGAGUCACUUGUCUGUUCACACAAAACUUGACAGUUUCUUCAAAACUACAUUGUCACUUCCAAAAACAAGUACAACUUCUAAGUCUUCUAUCGAUGAAUAAAUGUAUUGUAUUUUUAUAGUUUGUAAACAAAGGCUCUACAUGGAUUUUUUAUGUGUUUUCAUUAACACUAUUUAUAUCGUUAAAUUUGUUAUUCACUUGUGUUGUAAGCUUUUUUUUUCUUUCAUGGCUACAUUUUGCUUCACUAAUUCGGACUAUCGCUUAAUCCACAUGACUCCCCCCUCAACCACUCCGGAUUAGCGAAGGUCUACUGUAUCUCGGGGAAAGUCAUUCCUUCCACACAUCCACCCCUCACCCUCUCUUUUCCUUCUUCCUAUCACUUUAUCUCCUUCCCUUCCUUCCCCUUUGUUCCUUUUCCAUCCCUAUUUGUCCGUUAUACCGCCGUACAUUAUGACUAACUGCGUCCACACGAGACCAUAAUCAUUUUCCCCGAGAACCACGUCCCAUGCGAGCCCACAUGAAAGUCGGUUUGCUGUAAAUAUUUCAGGAAGACAUCCGCAUGACACUUCAGUUGUACACUUUGAGGGUACUGAAGGAAAGCCCUGUUCGUUCAAGAUGACGUCAGUUUCGGGCACAAUUACAUGCUCACCGUUUGGACCAUAACUUUCCUCUGAAGUAAUGUAGUGCUGCUGGUACAACAUUUUUCUUCUUAGGCUUCCAGUAGAGAGAAGUUUCUUCAAAAGACUAAUGACUGUAACGAACUGUUAAAUGUACUCAAGCGUUGUGUUGUAUGAAUGUUCUGAUGUUUUGUGUUUGUCAUUUGUAUAAUGUCUGUACCGUGUAAACACUUGCAAACUUCCACACCGUAAUGUUCUUGGCAGAUUAUGAGGUUUUAAACUGCACCACACGCGUAAUUUUCGCGAGUUAACAAGUGUGUACAAUGUACUUAAAAUACUUAUUAUCAUCCUUAGGAAAUGUGUAACAUGCUCAAACAAACCCCAACCACUGGCCCGUACAGUUCUCCGGCUCCAUAUAAGCACGAUAUGUGAUUAACUUCCACAUUGACAGUGGUUACACUGCAAAGUUCCGUAAUGUUCAUCACUGCUGGUAUUUACAGUCUUGAAUCCCGAAUUACUGAGUUUCCUGGCUGCCAUUAACCAUUAAAAAGCAUACUGGUAAUAAUAAAUACCUCACAGUUCAAUAUUAGAAAGAGCAACUCUGCAUUCUGCCCACAUAGUGUGUUUGUGUUCCGUACGGUUCUCACAGUAAACAGCGACUGUUUCCCCAAA